GCAUGACUCCUCCCGGCGGAACAACAACAACAAUCAUGGAGACUGAACCGAGCAGCCGAGACUCGAAGAGUUCGGACGACAGUUCCGCUAUAAACUUUCAUCAUGUAAAAGCUCUGGUGUCCAAGUGGAUUUUGGACUUCUCCUUCACCAGCCUGUGUCAACACUUCAAGGAGGACAAGCUGAACGACUUCGACCUCGCACUGAAGAAGCUGGAGGCCAACUGUGAGGGUUGCAUGACUCAGAAAUGGCAAAUCGCAGCCUUCCUUGGAAGAGUCAUGCACGGAUCCCAGAUCACAGAUGUGGUGGAGGAGGGCGGGGGCUACGUGAUGCCUCUGAUGGUCGCCACCAGCCUCUGGCGAAACCUGCGGGACACUGUGGCCGAUGAAGAGGAGUACAACGCCAUCACCACUCUCCUGCACGUCCAGUCGGUGGCGGUCUGCUUGAAGGAGGGCCGCAGAGACCUGGCCUCUACUGCCCUCAAGUGGCUGAAGGAGACGCAGAACCUCCCCAAGAACAUGGCCAUCAAGCUCUCCACGUUGGUGGCCAAGGGGGACAACAACCACCCCUACAUGAGGAACUUCCAGUACCAACAGCUGCUGGAGAAGCUCCAGCUGUACCUGGACCACUUCCUGGCUGAGAACCCCUCGGACUUCCUGCUCAAGGCAGCCAUGACGGUGACCCAGUCUUCCCGCAGCCCCGACUCCAGUGGUGUGCAGGACCUUUCCUCCUCACAGUCCACAGAGGACUCUCUACCCGCCUUUAAAAGGCCCAAGAAGAGACUUUUGAACGUUACAAAGCAGGGACUCUGGCUACCACAGUCCAGCAAGAAACCUCUGAAAAAGAGCCCCCGGCUGUCCGCCCAGUCCGCCACCGCCCCCGCCCCGCCGCCCAAGAAGGGCCGGAAGAAGUGGACACCCUUCUUGGACGAGGUUCUGACCAAGGCCGUGAGGAAGCACGGCGAGGGAAACUGGAAGCGCAUGCUGCUAGACCACGACUUCAACGGCCGCACGGGGGUCAUGCUAAAGGACCGCUGGAGGAUCCUGAAGAGGGACACCGUGGCCUGACCCGGCCCCCCUACCCCCCCCCCCCCCAUUUUUUUACAAAAAGCCCUUGGUGAAGAAAAACAGUGCGUGAGCAUAUGAGCAUACCACUUUUUUUUUUUUUCUUCAAUGUUCUCAUAAUAGUUUGUAUAAUUUUCUAAUUUAUGUUUCAUUUUCACGUUUUAUGUUUGCGCUCCUUGUGUUUUUACUCGAUUCUCCCGAUGGAUGCUGACGUGUUCAACCGCUCAAAUGCCACUAGAGGACUAGCGUUCAAGCGCCACUAGAGGGCCCUCUAAACAGCAGUAGAAAGUUCUGUGCUGCAUUUGUAUUAAAAAAUAUUUAUUUAUAAUCA